AAAAAAAAAAAAAAAAAAAAGCUCAUGCUCAGGCCAUCGAGGGAAAUGAAAAUACAAACUCCGUCAAUCAACGAGAGAAUGAAAUGGGAAUGACACUAAACAACAAUGAUCAAAGAACCGCGAGAAGAAACGAUGAAUAAAAAAAACGUUGAAAAAAAUGAGUCGCCUCAAUAGUUUGCUGAAAAAGAGCAGAUUGGAGGAUUGUCAUGAGAGGGCCAGCAGAAUAAGGAAAUAGUUUGCAUAACAGUUUACAAUACAAAAUAUACAGCCAGCUCAGUCCGAGGGAAUCCCGGCCCAACCAUUCGCAAUUUCACUUCUUCCCACUCUCCGCACCCAUCCUCAUCCAUUAAUCCAUCCAUCCUAACCCCCCCUAUCCAUCCAUCUCUUUGAAUAUAACAACCAUGGCCGAUACUGAAGAAAAGAAGAUUGUGAAGGAAGAACAGCAGGAAGAAGUUGAAGAAUCUCCUGAUGUUCAUUUUGAACCUGUCGUCACCUUGGAAAAGGUCGAUGUUAAGACUUUUGAAGAAGAUGAAGAUGUUCUUUUCAAAAUGCGAGCCAAGUUGUUCCGCUACGAAAAGACCACCAAGGAAUGGAAAGAACGUGGCACGGGUGAUGUCAAGUUCUUGCAACACAAAGAGUCCAAGAAGAUUCGUUUAUUGAUGCGACGUGAUAAGACCCUCAAGGUGUGUGCCAACCAUCUCGUCACCAAGGAGAUGACCUUGUCUCCCAAUGUGGGAUCCGACCGUUCCUGGGUGUGGAAUGUCACCGCCGACGUUUCCGACGGCGAACCCAAGGCUGAAACUUUGGCUAUCCGUUUCGCCAAUUCCGACAAUGCCAACUUGUUCAAGGAAGAGUUUGAAAAGGCUCAAAAGAGCAACGAGGCUCUCAAGAAGGGUGAGGCCAAGGAAGACGACAAGAAGGAGGAAGAAAAGAAGACCGACGCUUAAAUGGUGAAAAUGCACAAUUUAGCUCUCCAUUAAAAUAAAAAAAGCAAUCAAGACAGCACAACGAAACCAAAAAGAAAAAAAGAAAAACAGCACCUUUGCCCUUUCUUCCCUCUCUCUUUUUUUUUUUUUUUUCUUCUUUUCACCCAUCUUUCUUUCUCAACUGUAAUACUCUCUCUCAAUCUUGCUUUCUUAAUCACUAUAAUGGUUUCUUUUCUGAUCACUUUUCACAUUGAUUUUUGA